GCACCUUCUCCUCUCGGUUCGGCAGGGAGCCCCCCAGCUGGAGUGGCAGCAGCGCAUGCAAAUAGCUCUGGACGCCGCCAGGGGCUCAUGUUCCUGCACCACGCGGCCAACCCGCCGGUGAUUCAUAGGGACUUCAAGAGCAGCAACGUGCUCGUGGACCAAGAUUUCCAUGCGCGCAUUGCUGACUUCGGGUUGGCCCGGGAUGGCCCCAGUGGGGAGAAGCGGUGGGUGUCGACUCGAGUGCUCGGCACAACCGGCUAUCUGUCGCCAGAGUAUGUGACAACCGGGCGGCUAACAGCUAAGUCGGACGUGUACUCGUUUGGCAUCGUGCUUCUGGAACUGCUGACAGGGCUAGUGCCUAUUGACCAUGACAGACCGCCCAACCGGGUGUCGCUCACAUCAUGGGCCCUACCCCUGCUGACGCAACGCGAGAGGCUGGGGGAGCUGCUGGACCCGCGGCUGGAUGGGGCCGUGCCGCUGCACGAGUUCAUGCAGGCUGCCUCAGUAGCAGCCGUGUGUCUGCAAGCAGAUCCCGACUACCGCCCGCACAUGGACGACGUGGUGCAGUCCCUCAUGCCACUCUGCAAGGCCGCUUGCUCGCCCUACGCCUCCCCCGCCCAGUCCAACCACUCGUCUCUGCGAUGACAGCCCUCUCCUGUAAUGGCAGCCCACUCUUACCUACGGCACUGAUCAUCUCUCCUCCCUCCCAGCACUUUGGAGGCUGCCUGCUCGCCCUACGCCUCCCCAGCCCAGUCCAACCACUCGUCCCUGCGAUGACAGCCCUCCCACAGCCGUGCCUGCAGCGAGGAGCCCCUGCCACCAUUCACUCCUAUACCGCGGCCUCUACACUAAAUAGCCCUCCCCCGCCCAGUCCAACCAUCCGUCCUUGCGAUGACAGCCCUCUCCCACCAGUCUUUUCAUCACACCCUCCGUCUGCAACGAUGAGCCCCUGGGUCAUCACCCCCGUCUGAAACGCCUGUACACUCCUAUCCCCUUUACUGAUCUAGCGCGGAGGUGACUCGAUACUAGUACAGUAGCCCUGGUGUAGAUCUGAGCGCUAGCCAAGCAAGUUGUUCAGCUAGGUUAUAUAUCGAUCGGUAGUGGCGAAGCAAAGUUUUUUUUUGUCCAGGGUGUAGCUAAGGCUAUAAAUAAAUGGUAAGCCGUCUGCUGAAAGUGGCAUGCAUGUUUACAUGAAGCAAUACUAAUACGGUAAGAUGGUUAAAGUUAUGCUGAAAGUGGUAUAGGAUGCAAAGGCAACAUCAAUUAUGGAC